GUGACAGAAGCAUCAGUGUACUCAGGAUUGUGCACUCAGAUUUUCAGAGAGGAGUUGGGCUUGUAUCAGGGGAAAGUCUUCUGCUUUGUUCAUCUGAGCAUUCAGGAACAUCUAGCAGCUCUAUAUGUGCACCUCUCCUUUACAAUUGAGAACAUCUAUGUGUGUGGCCAAACCAAACAAAGUCUUCUUAACCAGAAGAAAUAUAAUCCACUAUCUGAGCUUCAUCAGAGAGCUGUGAAUGAGGCUUUACAGAGUAAGAAUGGACAUCUGGAUCUUUUCCUGCGUUUUCUUCUGGGUCUCUCAAUAGAGUCCAAUCAGACUCUCUUAAGAAAACUACUGACACAGACAGGAAGCUGCUCCUACAGCAUAAAGAAUACAUUUAAGUACAUCAAACAGAAGAUCGUGGAGAAUCACUCUACAGAGAAAUCCAUCAAUCUGUUUCACUGUCUGAAUGAACUGGGUGAUGAUUCACUGAUGCAGGAGAUCCAAGAUUAUCUAAAAUCUGGAAAAAUAAGAAAAGCUAAACUAUCCUCUUCACAGUGGUCAGCUCUGGUUUAUGUGUUGCUGACAUCAGAGCAGAAGAUGGAUGUGUUUGAUCUGAAACAGUUUAUUGGAGCACAACAUACAGCAGAUGAAGUUCUUCAGAAUCUGUUACCUGUGGUUAAAGAAUCCAGGUCAGUUCGGGUAUAUGGGUGUAAUCACACUUAUCAGUUCUGUGAGAGUUUGACUUCAGCUUUACAAUCCUCAAACUCUGUCCUGAGAGACCUGGACCUGAGUAACAGUGACCUGAAGGAUUCAGGAGUGAAGCUGCUUGAUGGACUGAGGAGUCCAAACUGUCAGCUGCAGAUACUGAGACUUUCCAUAUGUAAUCUCACUGCUCAAUUUUGUGAGAGUUUGUCUUUAGCUUUACAAUCAUCAAACUCCCAUCUGAGAGAGCUGGAUCUGAGUAACAAUGACCUGCAGGAUUCAGGAUUGAAGCUGCUUUCUGAUGGACUGAAGAGUCCAAACUGUCAGCUUGAGAUACUGAGGUAAAUGUUUUUUGAUCAAAUAAAUAAAAAUGUUUAGUGUGAUCAUCAAAUUUAAGCUUGUGAUGUAAUUUUAUGAACAUACAGUGCAACACUAUGUUCAUUUUAAGUUAACAACUUUAUUAAUCCCACAAGGGGCAAUUAAAGUUGGGUAGCAGCAUCAUAUAACAACUUAAUACAAACAUAAGGUAUCACCUAGGCAAAACAAAGAGAUAAAUAAGUAAAAACACAACCCAACAUGCUUCAUAAUAAAUUCCAUACAUAACAAUAUGGGGAAAAAAAGAAAAAAACCUUAUAGCCUCUGGAACAAAAAGUGAAUUUAUAUCUAUUAGAUGAACAUUUAAUGCUUCUGAAUCUUCUUCCAGAGGGCAAUUCUUUAAAGUAAACCUUCAAGGGGUGAGAGUCAUCUCAGAGUUUUCCUUAACAUUUGUUGAUUGUAGAAUUCUGCUAGACUCCGCAAAGGCAGACCAAUAAUUUUUGAGCAAGUCUUAACUAAGGUCUGCAAAUGAUUCUUAUUCCUAAGGGAGAGUAAAGAGUACAGCAUAAAAAAGGAAAUCUCAAGUUACUCUCAAUAAAAGUAGUAUAAAAAGUUCUCAGGUAAGGUUUUUUUUUAUUUUUUAUUAUUAUUUUUUUUCGUACACAGAAAGAGUUCAAUUUCCUAAGAGUGUACAUUCUUUGAUUUGCUUUCUUAAUAAUGGCCUCUAUGUUCUGCUGGAAC